UGUUGGUAGCCUUAUAUGAAGAGCCAGAGAAACCAAAUAGUGCACUGGACUUUCUGAAGCAUCAUCUGGGAGCUUUAGCUCCUGAGAAUCCAGAAAUAGAGGCACUUCGCUUGGAAGUGGCAGAGAUGAAAGAGAAAUAUGAAGCUGUGUUGGAAGAAAAUAAAAACCUGAAAGCCAAGCUGGCUCAGUAUGAACCACCUGAAGAAGAGAUGCCUGGUGAAUAG